AUGUCCACCCCGAUAGAUAUAGACUACAGCUUCGAGCACGUCGAGCUAGCACCGAACGUUGAGAACUGCGUCGGGUAUGAUGUUACACCGUUCGCAUCAUGUGUGCAUCCCACCGGCAUCAACUGUGUGGCUACGACCCGCAAUAUGAGGUGGAUCUUUACGGGCGGUGACGAUGGGUAUAUCCGGAAGUUCGACUUUGCGGCGACUUUGUUCGGGGGUCAGAUUCUGACGCAGACACAGAAACAUGGCUUGGUGGAUUCCAUUGAGAAGGCUGGUGUUCUGACGUCCGCAUGGGAGAAUCAAGAGUUUCCUGCAAGUUGUGAGAGCCAACAGUCUCUGUCGGACAUCGCCGUCGAGGAAUGGUCUCCAGUCUAUAGCAUCGAAGUUGAAUCAGAAGGGGUGUGGUGUCUGAGCGGCUGUAGGAGCGGCAACAUUAACCUCUGGUCAGUCAGACAUGACGAAGGCGCCUGCCGACAUGUAUUCAGAGGCCACACGAGCGCUGUAUCCGUGCUCAAGCUGACACCUGGCGAAAGGGGUGUCAUCAGUGGAUCCUGGGACAAGACUCUCCUUAGAUGGGACCUCGAAACUGGCAACAUCGUCCGCUACUUCCAAGGCGUGACCUCCCUGGUCACAUCAGCAAGCUUCAGUCCGACUUCCGCGUCCUCUUAUACCAUCGAUCCAGCGAUUGGGGAUACGAGAACCACAAACGUUCAUCCGACUGCAGAAGACUCUUUGAUGAUGGUGACAACGUACGAUGGGACGAUCCUGUUGUAUGAUCAGAGAGAUCCUAAUAAUGUGACGAGAAAGUUUUUGCCGAGGACGAGUGGGUCGAGUCCUUGGGCUUACAAUGCGACGUGGAGUGCAGAUGGUCGGAAGAUAUAUUGUGGGCGGAGAAAUAAUACGGUGGACGUGUAUGACGUCGCAGAAAACCGUUACGUUCGCAACCUCAAAUUUCCGAACGGCUCAGGACACGUAUGGGCUGUUUCCUGUAUGCCAAACAACCGUCACCUGAUGUGCGCCUCACAGGACAUUCUCCGUCUGUGGGACCUCGAUGUCGCAACCCCAAGCUCCGACGCCCCUCCCGCACCCUCCCCAUCACCAAUCGUUGCACACCCAACAUCCCAAUCCAACGACUCCGGCCCAAACAGCACGCCCGGAACGCCCCCUUCCCCCGCGGGCGAUGGAAAAUUGCUUGACCCGGCUUCUGCGGGAGGUGCGGGGGGUGUUGUGAUCACUGCUGGGAGUACUCGGACGGCCACGACAGCGAAUUUGGGUCGGACAGCGUCGUUGUUGAGUGCGAAGGAGGAUGAGCUGGAGACACCGCCUUUGGUGCCGUUUACAAUUUUGCCGGGUCAUAAUGGGGGUGUUGUUUCUGCGCUGAUAAUCGACCCCUCAAAACGCUACAUGCUAACCGCCUCCGGCACCCGCGGCUGGGACGGCACAUCCUCCAACCAAUGCUUGCUCUACUGCAUCGAUCCCGUUCUCGCACCCGCCGCUGCCGCCGAUGACCCUGCUGCUACUCCUGGCGCCGAUGGCGCCGUUGGGGCAGGAGAUGAGAUGGACGUGGAUCCGGUGGUGGUGGUGGUCCCGGAUCGGGUGGUGGGGGAGGAGGAUGUGGAGGAUGUUGAGGAGGGGAUGGUGGAGCAGAUGGUGGGGUAG